AUGACUACCCUCCAGCCUGGUGACACUUUCCCCAGUGAUGUGACCUUCCAGUACAUCCCAUGGUCCGAAGAAAGCAGUGAUGUCUCUUCAUGCGGAAUGCCAAUCAACUAUCAUGCGUCCAAGGAGUGGGCUGACAAGAAGGUCGUCCUUUUCUCGGUUCCCGGCGCCUUUACCCCCACUUGCUCCGUCAAUCACGUCCCGGGCUACAUUCAGAACCUGCCCAAGCUGAAGGAGAAGGGCGUAGAUAUCGUCGCAGUCCUCGCCUUCAACGAUCCCUUUGUGAUGAGCGCUUGGGGCAAGGUGAACGGGGUGCGCGACAACAUUCUCUUCCUCUCUGACCCCGAUGCAAAGUUCUCCAAGAGCAUUGGAUGGGCUGACGACGCCUCGGGUCGCACUGGCCGGUAUGCCAUUGUUAUCGACCACGGCAAAGUUACUUACGCUCAGAUCGAGACCGAGAGGGGUGCUGUCAAGAAGUCUGGCGCUGAUGCUGUGCUUGCUUCGCUUUAA